UUCCUAGAUGGUUUGGUGAAACAAACCACCUGAGUCAGGCCCCUACAAUGGAUCCAGCGGAAGAGCCCCCAUCGAUGUUAUGGGGUUUGGACCCGAUCUUUUCUGCUUUCGCCAGGCUGUAUGUCAGAGACAUCCUGCAGAUGACAGAGUCCACACAGGUGCCAGGUAUUUACUUCUACAACUCCCAUCCAAUUUACAAGGUUGAUGUACUUGGGACAGUGGUUUACCAGAGAGAAAGAGAAGACUUCUUCUGUUAUGGAGUGGAUGAUGGUACCGGCGUGAUAAACUGCCUAUGCUGGAAAAAUGACCUGUUCAAAGAAGAGGAAAAUUCUUCUAAAUCAGGGGUAAAACCCAGUGACGGGGGCUUUAACCCGGUGAGUGAGCUGAAGAAGCUGAGGCAGGCGCAGCAGAGCCGCUGCCGGCUGGAGAUCGGAGAGCUGCUCCGGGUCAGAGGACCGGUGAAGACGUCCAGACAACAGAGAGAAAUCAUGGCGUCCUGCUUCUAUAAAGUGAACGACCCAGUGAUGGCGGUCCAGAUAGCGUGGAUGAUGGAGGUUCCUCAGCUCUACAGGCAGUGUUAUGACAAACCACUUCAGCUGCAACCUACAGCAACCGGUGAAUCAGCUGUCAGUUCCAUCGGCAAGGCAACCAAUAUCAUCAAGGAUUUCUUUAAGCAGAAGUCGGUGAGCAGGUUCAGGCCGUAUGAUGUUGAGGACCUCCUGCAGCCUCUGAUCCCUAGACAGCCUCAAACUGCACCAGCAGACCAGGAGCCAGUGGCGGGUCCAUCUGCAUGCCAGCAGCUCCGGCAGCUCCUCAAGGAGGCCCUGAAAAUUCUUCAGGAUGAGGGUAUUGUUUACCGCAAGGUCAAAUCCCAGGAUGAGCUUUAUCAUGUGACUGCACAGGACAAAGAUCUACUCAUAGCCGUCAAAGAUAUCAUCAGGGAGGACUGCAAGAGAGAGAAGUAUGCGGAGAAGGGUUGCCACAUCCUGCACAUCCUGUCUGCAGUCAGGCAGCGCUACAGCCUGAAUGUGAGCAGAGCGGCACUGGAGCUGGUCCUCAAAUCACUGGAGUGCAACAGUGACGUCGUCAGCACCAGCGACAGCCAUUACACUGUGUUUUAACUUAGGCACAGUUUGGCUGUAUAUAUAUAUAUAUACUAUGUGUAGUAUGGCCUAUUACUCCAAAAUGCGAGCAUCCAAUUGAAAUAAAUCAUGUCAUUUGUA